GGAGCGGGCGCAGCGCAGAGCGGCGGCCGCGGUGGCGACAGCAGCCCUAGUAAGUUCCAACAGCUGGUUUGGUGCUCUUGUCAGCCACCUGCCAUGGUCCGGGGACUGCCCAGUGCUGCCAGCGUGGCACGCUUCUGCCAGAAGUUGAACCGGCUGAAGCCGCUGGAGGAGUCCACCAUGGAGACGUCACUGCGGCGCUGCCUGUCCACGCUGGACCUGACCCUGUUGGGUGUGGGUGGCAUGGUGGGCUCAGGCCUCUACGUGCUCACAGGCACUGUGGCCAAAGACAUGGCCGGCCCCGCUGUGCUCUUGUCCUUUGGUGUGGCCGCCGUGGCCUCCCUGCUGGCGGCCCUAUGCUAUGCAGAAUUUGGGGCACGAGUGCCCCGCACGGGCUCUGCCUACCUGUUCACCUAUGUAUCCGUGGGUGAGUUGUGGGCCUUCCUCAUUGGCUGGAACGUGCUCCUUGAAUACCUCAUUGGUGGCGCUGCUGUGGCCCGCGCCUGGAGUGGCUACCUGGACUCCAUCUUCAGCCAUGGUAUCCGCAACUUCACUGAGACCCAUGUGGGUGUCUGGCAUGUGCCCCUCUUGGGCCACUCCCCAGACUUCCUGGCUGCUGGCAUUAUCCUUCUGGCCUCUGCCUUUGUCUCCUGUGGAGCCCGAGUCUCCUCCUGGCUCAACCACACCUUCUCGGUCCUCAGCCUGGUUGUCAUCCUCUUCAUUAUCAUCUUGGGCUUCAUCCUGGCCCAGCCCCACAACUGGAGUGCUGAAGAGGGUGGCUUUGCACCCUUUGGCUUCUCUGGUGUCAUGGCCGGCACUGCCUCUUGCUUCUAUGCUUUUGUGGGUUUUGAUGUCAUUGCUGCCUCCAGUGAGGAGGCCCGGAACCCACGGCAGUCUGUGCCCUUGGCCAUUGCCAUCUCGCUUAGCCUGGCAGCUGCUGCUUACAUCCUUGUCUCCACUGUGCUAACCCUCAUGGUGCCCUGGCAUAGCCUGGACCCUGACUCCGCGCUUGCCGAUGCCUUCUACCGGCGAGGCUACAGCUGGGCUGGCUUCAUUGUGGCGGCUGGCUCCAUCUGUGCUAUGAAUACUGUCCUCCUCAGCAGCCUCUUCUCCCUGCCACGCAUCGUCUAUGCCAUGGCCACCGAUGGGCUCUUCUUCCAAGUGUUUGCUCGCGUGCACCCCCGGACGCAGGUGCCUGUGGUGGGCAUCCUGGUGUUUGGGUUCCUCACAGCCCUCUUGGCGCUGCUGCUGGACCUGGAGGCGCUGGUCCAGUUCCUGUCCAUUGGCACACUGCUGGCCUACACCUUUGUAGCUGCCAGCAUCAUUGUGCUGCGCUUCCAGAAGGCUUCUCCACCCAACUCCCCAAGCCCGGCCAGUCCUGGCCCCCUAACCAAGGAGCACAGUUCCUUCUCAGACCACAUUCAGCUGGUGGGUGCCGUGCAAGCCGCCGUCUCUGAGCCAGGAGAGGUGCGACUGGCCCUGAGGCCCUACCUGGGCUUCCUGGAAGGAUGCAGCCCUGGAGCAGCUGUGACAUGGGCACUCAGCAUCCUGGUGGCCUCAGCCAUCACUCUGGGCUGCGUGCUGGUCUUCGGGGGCUCGGCCCUGCAACUCUCGCGCUGGGCCUACAUCCUGCUGCUCCUGCUCAGCAGUGUCGUGUUUCUGCUCAGCCUCCUCAUCCUAUGGGCUCACCAGCAGCAACACCAACAAGACACGUUUCAGAUUCCCAUGGUGCCCCUGACUCCAGCCCUGAGCAUCCUCCUCAACAUCUGCCUCAUGCUGAAGCUCAGCUACCUCACCUGGGUGCGCUUCUCCAUUUGGCUGCUAAUGGGACUCGUCGUGUAUUUUGGCUAUGGCAUCAGGCACAGCAAGCAGAACCAGCGGGAACCUCCAGGCCUGGCCACCACACACUAUGUGGUGUUCCCCGGGGGCAGCCUGGAGGAGAUGGUGCAGGCUGUGCAGCCCCCCAGCCAGGCACCAGCCCAGGAGCCUGGCAGCACGGAGUAGCUGGCUGGCCCCCAUCCUCGGGAGGCCAGAGGGGCUGGGAGCCCCUUUUCUACCUGGGGCAGCUUGGGUCUGCAGGGCCGCUCAGGCUGGGGAUCCUCAGGACCUUAAGAACUUCACCCAGGUGCUGAGCUUGGGGUCUUCAGGAAUGGGCCUGGGCCAGCACUGGUGCGGUGGACUCUUGGCUCAGUGCCUUUCUAUUUAUGACCAACUCCAGCUACCUGGGAAGGUGGGAGGGGGGCCUGCGGGAAGGAGGCCCACAGCCUCGGGGAUGCAUAAUAAUAAUUGCUUAGCCAGCCA